GCGCACGCUCAGUCCGCCCCUCCCUCUCCGAAGCCUGGGAAGACCUGGGUCGGCCGAGCGGGUGCGCGCACCAUAGUAUCCCUCAUGCUCGCUCCCGCGCCUCCGGACCACUUCAAGAUGGCGGCGGUAAGUGGGGGAUCAACCGAGGGGCCCUCACUGCUCAACGGGGACCUGCUGGAGUCCGAGACCGGGGGACUGGGCGGAGCCGGCGAGAUGUGUGCGUCCGGGGGGUACCCGGAGGAGGUCUGGAAUAUAAAGCAGAUGAUAAAGUUAACACAAGAGCACAUCGAAGCCCUGCUGGACAAAUUUGGAGGCGAGCACAACCCCCCAUCUAUAUACGUAGAGGCUUAUGAGGAAUACACCAGCAAACUGGAUCUAUUACAGCAGAGGGAACAGCAGUUACUGGAGUCUAUGGGCAAUGGAACAGACUCUACUUCUUUGCCUUCAGAGCUGACACUUUCCUCGGUCCCAUCUAAUCUAUCCUUGGCUCCUUCAGCUCUCUCAGCCCUGCGGACCCCCAGCGACCCCUCCCGUAUCAAUCCCAAGUCUCCCCAGAAACCUAUUGUCCGAGUCUUCCUUCCCAACAAGCAGCGCACUGUGGUACCAGCUAGGAGUGGUGUGACAGUGCGAGACAGCCUAAAGAAAGCCCUGAUGAUGCGAGGGUUAAUCCCAGAAUGCUGUGCUGUGUACAGGGUGCAAGAUGGGGAGAAGAAGCCGAUUGGCUGGGAUACAGAUAUAAGCUGGAUCACUGGAGAAGAGUUACACGUGGAAGUCUUGGAGAAUGUGCCGCUCACAACCCAUAACUUUGUACGGAAAACCUUCUUCACGCUGGCUUUCUGCGACUUCUGUCGGAAGCUGCUGUUCCAGGGCUUCCGCUGCCAGACGUGCGGGUACAAGUUCCACCAGCGGUGCAGCACGGAGGUGCCUCUUAUGUGUGUUAACUACGACCGUCUAGAUUUGCUGUUUGUCUCCAAGUUCUUUGAACACCACCCAAUAUCUCAGGAGGAAGCUCCGUUUGAAGAGGUCGCCCCAGCCGCUGAGUCCUCGACUCCUCCGCCCCCUCCAGAUGCCACAGGCCCCCUCUGUCUACCGAGUACUUCUCCUUCCAAAUCCAUCCCGAUUCCCCAGCCGUUCCGACCGGAUGAGGACCACAGGAACCAGUUUGGCCAGCGAGAUCGGUCGUCCUCGGCGCCCAACGUGCACAUAAAUACCAUCGAGCCGGUCAAUAUUGACGACUUGAUUCGAGACCAGGGCCUCCAGUGCAGCGAGGGAGCCCCCUCAGUCCAGCCGACGCGCUGCCAUCGGAAAUACCACUCGCGGGACCCCAGCCCACUCCUCCAUACUCUCCCCAGUGAAAUAGUCUUUGAUUUUGAAUCUGAUCCUGUUUGCAGAGGUUCAACCCCCGGCUUAUCGGCGACCCCCCCUGCCUCCCUCCCCGGCUCCCUCACCAACGUCAAGGCGCUACAGAAAUCCCCGGGGCAGCAGAGAGAGCGCAAGUCCUCCUCGUCCUCGACGGAAGACAGGAGUCGGAUGAAAACGCUCGGACGACGCGAUUCCAGCGACGACUGGGAGAUUCCCGACGGGCAAAUCACGGUUGGGCAGAGAAUAGGUUCUGGAUCGUUUGGGACAGUGUAUAAGGGAAAGUGGCACGGGGACGUAGCAGUGAAAAUGUUGAAUGUAACGGCGCCAACGCCUCAGCAGCUACAGGCCUUUAAAAAUGAAGUAGGAGUCCUCAGAAAAACGCGACACGUGAACAUCCUGCUUUUCAUGGGCUACUCCACGAAGCCCCAGCUGCGACUAGUGACCCAGUGGUGCGAGGGCUCCAGUCUCUAUCACCACCUGCACAUCAUCGAGACCAAAUUCGAAAUGAUCAAGCUGAUCGACAUUGCACGACAGACGGCGCAGGGCAUGGACUAUUUGCACGCGAAGUCAAUCAUCCACAGAGACCUAAAGAGCAAUAAUAUAUUCCUUCAUGAAGACCUCACAGUAAAGAUUGGUGACUUUGGCCUGGCAACAGUGAAGUCCCGGUGGAGUGGGUCUCAUCAGUUUGAGCAGUUGUCUGGCUCCAUUCUGUGGAUGGCUCCUGAGGUCAUUCGGAUGCAAGAUAACAACCCCUAUAGCUUUCAGUCUGAUGUCUACGCGUUUGGCAUUGUUCUAUAUGAACUGAUGACGGGGCAGUUGCCCUACUCCAACAUCAACAACAGAGACCAGAUCAUAUUUAUGGUUGGGAGAGGCUACUUAUCUCCCGACUUCAGCAAAGUUAGGAGUAAUUGCCCCAAAGCAAUGAAGAGGUUAAUGGCAGACUGUCUAAAGAAGAAGAGAGAUGAGCGCCCCCUAUUCCCACAGAUUCUCGCCUCCAUCGAGCUGCUGGCACGGUCAUUGCCAAAAAUCCACCGCAGCGCGUCUGAGCCGUCCUUAAACCGCGCUGGAUUCCAGACGGAAGACUUCAGUCUGUACACGUGCGCUUCUCCCAAAACGCCUAUCCAGGCGGGAGGUUAUGGAGAGUUUACAGCCUUCAAGUAACCGCCCAGCACUGCGAGCGCCUCUGUCUCUCCCUCAGUCUUGUGUUCCUCUAGUUUCUUAGCACUGACAGUAAAUACAGAAAUAAGCAGAUAAUCCAUCCGUGUUGUUAAAGGGACGCGGCGCCGGAGGAGGAGGGGAGGGAUAAGGGACCAAUCGGCGCUUGGAACUAACUCUGCUCCGCCCCCGGCAUGGAGUGGGCAUGGCCGCCUUUGGAAAUCAGUGGGGGCUUUAUUCCAUGGACUAAUCCUUCUGUUUGGAUUCCAUCCACCAAUCAGCAUGGGAGGAGCUGCUCCAAUCAUCCACUUUGGGUUUUUUUUUUAACUAAUCUCUGACAAACAAAAUGGUAAAUCUCCUUGGUUACGGAGCCAAUCCUGGCACAGAGUGUGGGCACAGGGACCCACUGUCGGCCCUUGGUUUGGAACCCUGGGGCCCCGGGUGUUGCUGGACUACACAUCCCAUGAUUAUGUUGGUGAAACUUGGGUUUAGGGUUGGCACCUUUGCUGGGGUCAAAAACUGGAGAAAGGGGAGGGGCAGGGUCCAACUGGAGCAUAGGGGCCCACUAGGCCCCUCCUACUAACAGCCGCCUCCCUGCCCCAGCCCUUUAACCUUCUGGGGAGGGGGGAAGCGGCCCAGGCAGGGGAAAGGGAGUGGCCGGGG